AACAAAUAUUUACACAUGGAAUUUUUCGUAAAAUAUUACUUUUUGCAGAUAAUAUUUAUGAAAAUAUGGAUAAAACAAAAAAAGAACGAGAUAUUUUAAUGUCUCAAUUAUAUAAAUAUCGAAAAAGAUUAGCUCCAUUUGAUAUUCCUUUUAUUAAUAAUGAACUUCCUCAAGUUUGGUGGAUAUCAAUUGAAGAUUUUUUUGUUAAAAAUGAAGAUCAUAUUUAUAAACUUGAAAAUAUGCAAAAAUUAGUUGUAUUUUAUAUUUCUAAUAUAAAAAAAGAAUUACCAUAUUAUGGUAGUAGUAAAGUAACGGAAGAAUUACAAAAAAUAAU